UUGGUCAGCUGAAAAUUCAUCUCGUCAUGUUAGCGGUUACCAUGACAACACAAACAUUUGCUACGAAGUUUCAACGAACCCCGAUAUUUCUGCCUAAACCGGUAGUAGUUUUGUUCUUCAUUUGAGUAGGAGCAAACAAAAACAUGAUGCAUAAGCCAAGUGACUCCUUACUAAAACACGAUUAUCCAGUUUUGGUCAAAACAAACGAGAAUUCACCGAAGGGGUGCUUUUUAAGCGUGAGCUCUCCGCAGUCUGCUGACACUGUUCCAGUUCCAUGUCCUCCUAGACCAGAAUUUGCAUUCAACAAAUCUGUCAUACAGUGGCAGGAAAAUAAAGAGAUCCUGAACAUGAUCUUUCCUCCCAGGCAGUGGGCAGAAGGAAGCGAUCUCUGGGUGCAGCAAGUAUCCAGAGUACCCGGUUCAAGAGCAGACGUUGUCCAGCUGAAGAAACUCCUGGACACAAAACUGCAACAAAAACAGGCCAGGCAAACGGGCAUAUGUCCAAUCCGCAGAGAGCUAUAUGCACAGUGUUUUGAUGAAAUCAUCAGACAGGUAACCAUCAACUGUGCGGAGAGGGGUCUGCUGCUGUUGAGGGUCAGAGAUGAGAUUAAUAUGACUAUUGCUGCCUACCACACUCUGUAUGAGAGUAGUGUGGCUGUUGGCUUCAGGAAGGCCUUGCAGUCUGAGCAGAGAAAGUAUCAGCUCAAACAAAAGAUUUCAGAUCUGGAAAAUGAAAAUGAAGAUCUGAAGAUACAGCUGACUGAUCAAAAAGAAAAGUUUGGCUUGACCGAGAAGAGUAAAACCAAAAAGAGGCUGGCGUUGUGUGAAGAAAUUCAGCUUUUGAAGAAAAAGAACGAAGAUCUCAAGACCCAACUGGUGGAAAUAAUAGCAAAACAGACUCAGAAACCUGAAACUUAGCUUAGCUUUUUUGUUUGUUUCCUUUACUGUAUGAAUGUAUAAUGGCACAACUUUGAGGAACUAUUAAAAGUACUUAUACCACUAA